AGGAAAGGUAGAGCAGGAGCUCGAAUUGCAAAUUUUUCGUUUUGGCUUCUGGAAUGAACAACAAAUUUUCACAUGCGAAAUGAUGUGACGUAGGUCUCACAAAGCAGGUUGUAUGUUGGUCAAGUUGUAUCACCUGGAUAGAAAAACUUCAGCUUCGCUGUACUACAAGUUCCGUUUACAACCGCAGGUGCUUGGUGCUGACGUGGCUUGAUUCAUCUGGAACAGCGAACUAGAUUCAUCAGCUGACGAUUCUGUAGAUCAAUUUAACUAGUACAAGCACGCGGUAGAUAUUACACUUGCAAACGACCAGAAGCAAACAAAUCAGCGCACCACGAGUCACAAUCAUGACGGCCGCCGCGAACGCGCACCUAGACGCGAGUCUAGAAGACCUGAUCUCCAAAUCGAAAAAGGGGAAAAGGGUGAAAAAAGCCAACGACAAGGACUACCACAUUAUCAUGAGGAAAAUGUUGAUCACUAAUUAAGCACAAGAUUCUUCCCUAUUUUGUCAUGCGAGAAUGCAACAAAUAAAUCUGUCAUGCGAAUGAGUCUUCAGCCAUGGUUGCUCAGUUGGUACAUUUUCAAAGGUAAAACAGCAUCACAAGAACAGAAAUUGAAAUUCCUGAAGAUCAGAUCGUGUGCUAGUACUAGUCAUUUUCCAACUUCAUAGAGAGACCGGCGAACAACAAGCCCGGCGGCGGCGGAAAUGCUGGCGACGAUGGUGCCAAGAAGCAGAAGGCUUACUCUGCGGAAGAGAAAAUGGACAUGAGUCUGGACGCCGUUAUGCAAGUGGAACGGGGCCGGCGGCGAAUGCAGAACCGCGGCGGUUAUCCAGUGUAAAAACGUUCCCACCCCAGAUUUGUACAUGCAAAUGUGCAAUGACAGGAACAUUCGUAGUGCGCAGCUCCAUGAGAGGCAUUUCCAAUCGUGUUUUGGAAUUCGUAAUGCUGUAAACAGGGUGAGAGAGUGGCUUUCUCAUGCGGCUUCCCGUGCCAACCAGCACUACGCUGUAGAGGGAGAAUUGUCAUGCACAACUCCCAAAACUUGGAGACUUGUGUUGCUAGAUUCCCAACUUGACUCUGGUGUGGGGACGUUUUUACACAGGAUAGCGGCGGGCGGUACUUUUACCGCAACUACGGGCGUCGCGGGAACUACUACCGGGGCGGUAGUUCCAAGCGGAAUUUCGGGUACAACUACUACCGUGGUGCCGGCUACCGCGGCGCCCGAGGCUCCUACUACUCCAAGCGCCGCCUCGCGAAGCAACUGCGGCGUGCCGAGGCGUACUUUCGCCGUUUAUACAACGAAUGGAGCUACAAGGGAAGCUAUCGCAGGGAAAAGCGCCACUGUGGCUGUGGCGGCUCUUGUCCUGAACCUGAUGUGGAGGAGUAGCAUGACACGCCACGCAUGACAGAAGGAUGAACAUGUAAUGCGCCGUCCGCUUCUGAAGGCGAAAGCGAACAACAAAUCAGAAGCAACACAGACUUCAAUACCUAAUUUCUGGUGCCACAUUUCAUUCAUGUAGCGAUCUGGUUGUCUCUCUUGCUUCUUGGUUUUUCGCAACAGAAGUUCAAGGUCACAGUGACAAAAUGCAUGUUUUUUCCUCCGAUACACGCGGGCGCGGCAGUACGGAAGCGGAAACUAUCGACUCCAAGAUUCUACAGUGUUUGUCAUGCGAGGUCGUCAUGAUUAAGUAAGCCUCCAGAGUCGGCAUUAGCAUAGUUACAGACUUGACAGGAAAUGUCUCACUGACUUCGAUUCUUAUUUUUUGUCAUGCCACGUAGGCUUAACCUUAAGCAUUAUGCAGAGGUAAUUGCAUUCAGCAUGACAAACGAGCUGUCUACCUUUUUCUCCCUCAUGCGCGAAGGCACGGGAAAGUACGGGUACCGGAAUUAUGGGUAUUCGGUAUCGGAAGGAAAUAUCUGUAAUGCUGGAGCCACUUAUCGUUUUCAUGCUGUCAUCAUGAGUUUCCAUCAUUUAUUUAUCACCAGUGUCGUCUUAGCACGAGAAAUUCUGCGUUCUACGAGGCAUUCCACUAAUGACAAAUACUGGCUUCCAGCAGUUACCAAAGAAGAUUUCCUUCUGAUAACUUGAGUACGGUGCCGACAGCUAUGGGGGCGGGGGACGGGUAUUAUUGUGUUGACCACGUCGACUCGGCAUGACUAAUUUGAGUAGACUAGGCAUGACAAACUUACAAUCAUUAUCAAUCACAGGGCAAUUCCUACUACGGCAAGGGCCGUGGCCGUUACGGGGACGACGAAGGGUCGGAUGGCGAGUACGGCUCUUUCCGACCGGGCAGCGGGCCGUGGCAGGACUUCGUGACAAACGACGACAACCGUGGCGAGUUAUGCAGUGUGAAUACUUCCAUCUGGUUCUUCUGGGUAAAACGCAUGACAACAAACUCUCCUCCAGCACGACAGAAAAAACUCUUAACUCCUAAUAUCCGUGCUUUGCAGAUCUUGUUGUCCUUCAAAUUUCGCAUCACAAUGAAGCCAGAAGACCAGACCUAUUUGCGAUGCAUACAACUAUUUUGAGAACGAUCGCGACUACUACAAUUCGGGCUACUACAACCGGAACGGCUACAACCUAUCGCAGGAAAAAUUUUUUUUCACUGGAAGCUUGUGAUGCAUGUCAUGCAAGAACACUGGAUUAACACGCAUUUCUUUUCUUUCGUUUGCUGGUGCAGUUGCAUAUUCAAUCGGAUCUUUUCCCGUGUCUUCAUCGUCCCUUAGAUUUAGAAAGCAUGCAUGGCAGCUCGUGCACAGCAAACCUAUGACAGAUGCAAACCUUGCAAAAUCGUUCGUGUGAACAAGAACUUUUUUCUUACGAUACCACCGCCGGAGCAACUAUUACGGGCGUCGCGGGGGGCACAACUACCGCAACAACCGAUACAACGACUCAGACGAUGAAUCUCCGUACAACCGGGGAAACAAGUUCGCCAAUUUCAGCGUGGGCGGCGGCAAGUACAACAACCGCCGAAGCACCCGGGAACUGGAAAAGGACUUUCUGAAGGACCACUACGCGAAGAAUGAAAACAACGUCGGAUCCAACACCGGGAGUAACGGGCGCACGACGGAAUUGCCCCCCUCGGUGGCGAAGUUCAAAGGCAGUGGCCGGCUGGUGCAGAUCACCAAUUUAUCCGGAGAAAGAAGAUGUUGAAAUAAAACUGUUUCAGUCACUCUCAAACAAGUUGCAGCGUCAGCCACGAGCUGCGGAAAGACCACAGAUGAAGAAGAGAUCUGUGAUGCGCCAGACGCAAGAGAGCACGCGAAUAGAAAGCUCGUGUUUUUCCACCUGUCGCGCAUGACAAAAGACUGCAUCAAGAAGAAUCUUCUACUGCAUGUAUACAAGGUGAGACUGGGACAGUUUUUCUGUUUUCUCGCGAUACACCUGCCCGGGUAAUUUGGCGAAGAAGGAGCUCAAGGAGGCAUUCGAGGACAUCGGCACCAUCAACGUAGUGGACAUGAACAAACCGGCCUGCAUUGCCUGGUUGGUGUUCGAAGAGUCCAAGGAUGCGUAUGAAGCGGAGCACCAGUUCGAUGGCGGCGAAAUCAACGGAUCGACGAUCAAGAUUGAGAUCAUGUAGAGGUGGUAAGUAGCUAGUUGAAGAAGAAACGCUUGAACACGAUGAACUGCCACCGCUAGUAGAGAGAAGUAGGACAUCGACAUCAAAGGACUAGUAGAUUUUUUUUUAAAGCUUUUCCACGAGGCAAAAAUGCUGCGGUUAUUACAACUGAAGCAAUUUAUUGACCAUCACCGCUUCAUCUUGAAGCAGAACUUUCAACAGCGACUACUUAACGAUGUAGAUGUACUAGCAGACCGGUAGAACAAAGGGUAUCGUACCGACUUCAGAAACUGAGUACUUUUUUUGCGAAUCAAUUAUGAGACAACGGACAACGAAUACGGAACAAUAUCCAUUUUUUGACAAACAACACUUUAUGUAUACAUUCAAAUUUCUUGCGGCGGGGGGCCAAGAAUUUUUUUCACAGGACGACGGGCGAGGGAGUCAACUAACACCUCCGAUCGAUGAUUGGUGUCAUGCGAACUUUCUGCAGGGCUGAAGUAAGAUUUAUACUCAACUGCUAAAAUGAGGACCAGAUGACUUCGGGUCAACAUCUGUUGAUCUACCCGAUGUAUGAACGAAGUUGCACCACUAAGAACUGUCAUAGCCAAGAACCAGAUGGCUACCUAAGUAGCAGCUCAAUGAAGAGCCCACGGCUCGAGCGCGACAGCGAUACAGCGACAGCUGCAAGUACUCAAAUUUGGAAAGUACAGUAUCAAUUUCCAAAAACUUUUCAUCAGCGACAAUCGAAAACUACUACGACUUUUUCGUGACCGGUUUUGCCAUGAGAAAGCCAAAAAAUGAAAAAAGCAAAAAAAAAAAAUUCUUUGGGAAAGGCCAAG